CUUUCGGACAUUGUGCACUGCACUCCCUCGAUCAUUUCCUCACAGCAUAGCCUCCAAUCGCAUAUUUCAGCGCACUUUCGCAAUGGCUCCUACCGCCGUCGAGAAGAACAGACCCGUUGUCGUCUCCGGACCCAGCGGUGCUGGAAAAUCAACCCUCCUGAAGCGCCUAUUUGCCGCUCAUCCUAACGUUUUCGGCUUCUCCGUGUCCCACACUACACGAUCACCUCGCGCCGGCGAACAACAUGGCCGAGACUACUAUUUCGCGACCAAGGACGACUUUUUGAAGCUCGUCGACGAGGGCGGCUUCAUCGAGCAUGCCCAGUUCGGCGGGAAUUACUACGGCACGAGCGUCCAGGCGGUCAAGAAUAUUGCGGAGAAUGGCCAGAUUUGUAUUCUGGACAUUGAAAUGGAGGGCGUAAAGCAAGUCAAAAAGACCGACCUCAAUGCACGUUUCCUCUUCCUGUCCCCUCCAUCUCUCGAAGAACUCGAGAAGCGGCUGCGCGGCCGCGGCACCGAGACCGAAGAGUCGAUCCAGAAGCGGCUCAAGCAGGCCGAGAACGAAAUGGCAUUUUCCAAAGUCGAGGGCGUGCACGACAAGAUUGUAGUAAACGACGAUCUGGACGCUGCAUAUACAGAGCUCGAGGAGUUUAUUCUCGAGGGCAGACACGGCGCAGGCAGCUUGCUCGGCGUCGAGGAGCGCGGGGGAAAGGUCGUUGCGGGGAUGGGCGAUUCAUGAGCCACGAAGCUAGUCCCCUUGAGACCGGCUCAAUUCUUUUUUUUUUUUUUUUCCUAUUUGCAUUUUUCCCACACGACCUUUUUGAUACCUGUUAAAUUUGUAAACGAGACAUAGUCCCGGUUUUCGGCUUGUCUUGUGGUUCCCGUUAUAUUAGAGAAAACUUUAUAUGUCUGU